GCUGUCAUCCAACGGUGCCUGUUUCGACAUUGGUAACACGACCGUCUGUGGCAUCGACAGGUUUAGGGCUUCCGGAAAAACCAGGAACUUCUGUGGCAGCACUAAUCCGAUGGAGGCGGGCAACGGCUCUCUGAUGCGCCUCGCACCGGCGCCGAUGCUCUUACGUCUCCACCCUCAGCUUGCGGUGACGGUCGCGGGAGAGACCUCGCGAACAACUCACGCAGCUAGGACCGCGGUAGACUCGUGCCGUUACUACGCUGGCCUGCUGGUUGGUGCAAUGAAUGGGGCUCCGAAGGAGAAACUUUUGGCCAAGGGCGGAUUCGCGCCGACCGGCUUACCGGACGAUUUCUGGUCGGUCAUGGAGCCACCUCUUGACCCUGAGGUGGCGGAGGUCGUGCUGGGGGCGUCGCACGCUGAGCGGGAACCAUCCACCGAGGAGAUGCCGACAAGGCAAGGCACUAUCCGCAACGACGGCUACGUCGUGCGGACACUCGAGGCCGCCUUAUGGGCGUUCGGCAGAUCCACGAGCUUCGAAGAAGGCUGUCUGCUCAUUGCCAAUCUUGGAGACGACGCGGAUACGGUCGCCGCUAUCUACGGACAGCUGGCGGGCGCUUUCUACGGCUACAGCGGCAUCCCCGCCGAGUGGCGGAACAAGAUCGCGCUGAAGGGCUUGAUCGAGGCCAUGGCGGAGGAGCUCUUCGAUAUGUCCAACCGGAUCGACCCAUGCCCACACCCUGCCACCCCGGCGCCUACAAUACCGUCUACUAGCGACACAGCUGAUGCCGUCGCCGGCGGUGCUACCCAUGCCAUGCCCACCACGAAGCCCCUGGAGCAAAGAGUGACUCGUUUCGUGAGCGAUCAAGACAAAGAUCAAGGCGCGCUCGUACCACACGAUCGAAGCCUUCGAACAGGACGUGAGUGCCAUGAUCCUGAUUCGGCAACCUACCCCUGACCCCAACGCCACCACGGGUGAAGAUGCUGGCGGAGCGUCGAAAACGGCGAAACAUGACGAUGAUAAUCCAGAGUCGCACGAGGCGAGCACCGGGAAGCGGACGUUGGGGGCUGAGGAAACGGUGGAGAAGGCAAAGGACGCGCUGACGGAAGAGUUCGUCGCCCGUGCGGCGACAGACAAAGUCAACGUUAGGUUGAUGCUCCAGACCAGGGUGAUGCUCCAGACCUGACUCUCUGUGGUGUGCAGGAACUUGCGAUUGUGCCGCAUUAUGGGUCUGCGAGAAGAGAGGGCUGUGAACGGAGGAGGUGGGCUGGGUUCAUGCAACUCCAGAUAACUUGGACAACGCCUUCGGGAGAAAUGCCUGGUGUCGCCCGCAAGGAUUGUAGCAUUAAGCUGUAGAUGCUUUGGCCCCUUGUUCUAUCGCGAGUCGAAAUGGUCUGUCGCUGCAGUCACCAUGUAGUAUGGUCCUGUGUUGGCACAUUGUCAGUGUCUAGGAUCAACGUUGGUAAUCCGCACCUCUAGAAAUGUCUCUUCUUCUGUCGCGAUGCGUACAUGAAUGUGUGGCGCGUACGUACCGUGAGCUACGAAGAUUGCCCCCCCCCGGGGAGGGGAUCGUUUUUUUUUUCUGAAACCAAGCCCUCCGGGGAAACUGAC